CAGCCCCACAUGAAUUUUUAUAUAUUAUAUAUAUCCUGUAUCGUGUAUCGUCGUCACAAUCGAUAGCAUACUUCGGGAGUAAGCCAAGCCAAGCAGACAUAGGAGAGAAGAAAAGAGACCCCUUUCACGCAAAACCCCCCCACAACGCAGCGGAAGACAUAUCCCCUAAUUCCCCAAGUAGGAGGCGUAUAAUUCCAAGGAAUCUGAAUCGAACUCGUACAAUUCGAAUCGAAAAACAGAAGAAGAGGGAGAUGAAGAUCACUGUAAUGACUGCGGACGAGCAGAUCGUCACCUUAGAUGUCGAUCGCGACGAAUCUGUCGAGAACUUGAAAGCUCUACUUGAGGUUGAGACACAAGUGCCGCUCCAGCAACAGCAGCUGCUGUUAAACGGAAAGGAGAUUCGGAAUGCUGAGAAAUUGAGUGCUGUUGGUGUUAAUGAUGGGGAUUUAGUCAUGAUGGUCUCACUUGCUACUUCAAGUGCGGCAACCAAUGAAUUAGGCUUCAACCCAGAUGGGUCUGCUGUAAACCCUGCAGCCUUCCAGCGGCAAAUACGACAGGAUUCUAAUAUGAUGGCACGACUAUUUCAGGCUGAUCCUGAAUUAGCUCAAGUUCUUCUUGGAAAUGAUCUCAAUAGACUGCAGGAGGUUUUACGGCAGCGUCAUCACCAAAAAUCUGUGUUAAAACGUCAACAGGACGAGGAGCGAGCACUCCUCUAUGCAGAUCCUUUUGAUGUUGAAGCACAGAAGAAAAUCGAAGCUGCUAUUCGUCAGAAAGGUAUUGAUGAGAACUGGGCAGCUGCUCUAGAACACAAUCCUGAAGGUUUUGCUAGGGUGGUGAUGUUGUAUGUUGAUAUGGAAGUCAACGGUGUCCCGUUGAAGGCAUUUGUUGAUAGUGGAGCUCAGUCGACAAUCAUAUCUAAAAGCUGUGCUGAGCGCUGUGGAUUGUUGAGGCUCUUAGAUCAACGUUAUAAGGGCAUUGCUCAUGGGGUUGGUCAAUCAGAGAUACUAGGACGGAUACAUGUUGCUCCAAUCAAGAUUGGAAACGUAUUUUACCCUUGUUCCUUCUUGGUACUGGAUUCUCCAAAUAUGGAUUUCCUUUUUGGCCUAGAUAUGCUUCGUAAGCACCAGUGCAUAAUUGAUCUGAAGGACAAUGUAUUGAGACUUGGUGGAGGAGAGGUUUCUGUACCCUUUUUGCAAGAAAAAGACAUUCCAUCUCAAUAUCUAGAUGAAGAGAGGAAAUUGAAGCAAGCCUCAAGCUCAGGAGCCCAAGCUGCAUCUGGAUCAAGAGAAAAUAGCAAUGCGCAAACUGGAGGUGGUGCGCGUAACUUGUCACAGGGACCAGAAUUUGAAGCGAAGGUCACAAGACUUGUUGAGCUAGGGUUUGGAAGAGAGGCAGUAAUACAGGCUCUAAAUUUUUGUGAUGGUAAUGAAGAUCAAGCGGCAGGGUAUCUUUUUGGGGGCUGAAGAUGGAUUUAUUCGAGUUUUGUGGGACCAAAGUUAAUUUCCACAGCUUAAACUUAUUCAUAUGAACAUUUCACAAGAGAUGAAAUGUUUGAAUGUGACGGUGAUGCUCACAAAGUGGGAUGUAUUUGAAUGUCCAUUAAAAUUGCGGAUAGCCCGUUUCUUUGGA